CUAUAUUUGUACGUUCCGAGACGGAGAAAAUAGAGCACUCAAUUCACUAAGAAUGUAGACCAAAACUUCCGAUACAAUUACGCAUGGGAGCAUCAAGGAUUCCCGGCGAGUCUACGGGAAUAUUCGCAAACUCUUGGAUAAAGCCGGGCACCGAGAUGGGCCCAUUCCUCGGCGAGAUCAUCUACCCGUCCCAGACAAAUGCCCUACCGUGUAGCCGCAAUACAUGGGAAGUGUUCAACGACAGUGGCGGAGUGGAACAUUGGGUACAGGCGAGUGAUGAGGCCAUUACCACUGCAGAAACGAUCACAGUCAAUGAUGAAGAGUCUCUUAAUGAUCAAGAACCGUUGGAUGAUCGCAGUCGCAGAGAUGGGGGUACACAAUCUUGGUUAUCUUACAUUAACUGUGCCAGACAUGAACAUGAACAGAAUGUGGAGGUCUACCAAGUUGGACAUCAAAUAUACUAUAGGACAACCAAGACACUUUCCCCAGACACAGAGCUACUGGUAUGGUAUAGCAGCAGACACCAACUAUAUUUAGGUAUACCUGCCCCAGCUGACAGCACGCUGCAGGAUGAUACGCCAAGGUCUACAGAAGAUACAGAAGACAAUGUGGGGAGAAUGCGCUGUGUAGUAUGCAGACGUGGCUUUAACUCUAGGAGUAACUUACGCUCCCACAUGCGGAUACAUACCCAGGAGAAACCGUUCGUUUGUAGGUUUUGUCACAGAAGCUUCAGUCAGUCAUCGACACUUAGGAACCACGUCAGACUUCAUACAGGUGAGAAGCCGUACAGAUGCGUCGUAUGCAAGAGUGCUUACUCGCAGCUUGCCGGACUGAGGGCACACCAAAAGAGCGCUAAACACAGACCUACAUCAACUAUGUCAACGCAUAUGUAGAAGACAUAUAACCUAAGAACAGCAUGAGAAACCUUGUCAAAUAGAAAUAGGCCAACUAAAAAGCCGAAUGAGAGGAAUAACAUUUGAUCUAACUUUCCCUUUUAGCUGUUAAGUACAUGUAGCUUAAUGAGGAUUAUUUUGUCCUUCGAAUUUUAACCAGGGUUGACGGACGAUACGCUAUUCUACUAGACACACGAUUCACAGUCCGAAGCAAUCAUACUUUGAUAGUGAAUAUGAUAUAAGGGCUAUUACAUUGUAUGUUGCGUUCACCAGCCAUUAAAUAUCAAGACAAACCAAGACUACAUUAAGUCUAACAUACUCAAAAUAAAUGCGGACUCACCA